GGGUAGGGGUUGAAGGAGAGAGAGGAAAAGGAUAGCUAUGGAGGGCAGAGGGACAACGAGGGACGGGGGAAGGGACGCGAGGAGCGGAAGGAGGGGGUUUUGGCGGGACAAGGCGGCGGACGAGAGCGGGAUGAGGGCUUCUCUCGACACCAUACUGACCUACACCCCAGAUCCUCGUCUGGCUCUUCAUGGCGCACUUCUGCGGCGCGGGGCUCAAUCAGUGCGGGCAGAAGAAGCACGGGGUGGUGGGGAGGGGAGUGCGUGAGAAGGCGCACGAGCCACCCGACCAGUUGGUUUGGAAUCUACUCAUUGCUCGGGAGUCGGCAGAGACUUUCAGCGUCCUGAUGGUUGGCUAAACAUGGGGGCGCGCUUAUACACUUGCUCUGAACUGCUGUGACGCCGUCAAUGAGUACGAGCAGUUCAACUCAUGUUCAGCGAAUUCCCGGGAGGAUUCCCACGCCAGUCUUGUGCUUGUGCAUGCCACAUAGUAUAGUGAUCAGAGCAGUAUAUGCUGUAGGGUUUGUGUCUGUAAGGUGUCACCAGCCCCCGCAGAGGACCAA